AUGUCCUCAUUCACUCACGGUGGCAGAAUUGUGCCCAUAGUUAUGGGUCACCAACAACACGCCGACUCUACCCCAGACUCAUCUGUACUAGACAUCUCUUCUCCUUCAUAUCCCAACUCUUCCUCUUCUCUAUCGCUGCUGGACCAGCAAAAACAUAUUGUUACCAUGCGUCAACCCAAGACCAUGAAUCACGAAAGUUUAGAGAUGCCCUGUCUCAGGGAACGCGGCCUUUUUGCCUUGCCAACAGAAGGAGAUGGGAAUUGCCUGUACUAUUCCCUAUCCGACCAAUUGAAGGGCACAUUUGCCUAUGGAGACGAAAUUCGCCAGACUCUUGCAUCCCACAUGGCAAACAAUAAAACGUAUUUUAUGCAGUUUGUCGUUGCCCAAGGUGGCGAGCGCCGCCGCCCCAAACGAGCCACCGCCUCCGCAUAUGCUACGCGUUCCGCCGAUGUAUUGACUCCAUCUGAAGAAGACAAGGAACGCCGCUUCGAGGAAAUGGUCGCUUCAACUCGCAAAAAUGGGGAAUGGGGAAGCUCUGAACAUUUGCAGGCAUUCUGCCAAGUCUUCAAGGUCGAUAUUAAUGUGUACACUAUGGAUGGCGUGCAAAUGUUCCGGGACGUCUAUGCCACGCCUAACGAGCACCGAGAGGUUAUCCAUGUCGCUUUUCACGACUUUAAACACUAUUCUUCCGUGCGAACUGUCGACGGCUUCCACACAGGGCUUCUGGCUAAGUCGGUGUGCCUUGAGCCCCUCGCUACAUCAUUGAAAGAUGAAUCACCAAAGGAUAACGCUCCUAAAGAUGAGGCACCAAAAGACAGCCCUCCAUAUGCUUCUGCCGACGUCAAAGACGUGGCCGUUGACACCAAGCACAUCCCGAAUGCGGAAAGCAAUGAUACUCACUCAAUUCAAAACACACCCUCAUCUCCCUCCUCCACUUCCAUCUCUACCAACGACACUCAAUCGACCUGCACAUCUGUACAUAGCAAGGAUUCCGGUUUGGCUGUUGAUGUGUGCCCUCCUUGGGACAUCCAAACUAUUCAAGAGGCCUUUGGAGGUCGGUAUGACCAGGAAACCAUCAGAGACAUGCUUCAAAAAUGCCGUGGCGACAUUGAUCGGGCUUUUGCAGCUCUCCUCGGUGAAAAGAAUGACAGUGAGAAGAAAGUCGUUCCAGGUCCCAGUCUGAAGCCGAGCUUCCAGGUAUCUCGCUCGUCAUCGCCAUUUAGCACAGGCAGCAAGCGUUCUGCAGAUGACAGCGACGACUCGGAGGACCCUCGCCCAGCCGUCCGACGAGGUAGGCCUAGGAAGCGGCUUGUUUCUAACCUCACGCUGGGCGUGGGAAUCUCGUUUCGAGACGACCAGAAUGAAGUCGUCUCGCUUAAUCUACGGGUUAGUCCAGUUGGAAUAUUGAGAAACGAAGAUGAACAAACCACUGACAAAUUAACUUUACAGAUGAAAGAAGACGCCGAAAGGGCAGCAAAAGCGGAGAAGACCGUGGUGGGGCCUCUCAGCGAGACCGAAUCUGAGCGAUCAGAGACAGCCCAAAAGGGACCCCGCCGCAGUGGCCGCCUUUCAAAGUCUCGUCCGGCUUAG